AAACCGCACAAGAAGAGACCCAUCCAUUGCUGAGAUAAGACAACUUGAAGAUGACAAAAUCUGGGAAAUCGCUAUGAAAGUGCUUGCAGCCAUGUCGCGCUGUGUGAAACGGUUGUAUGAAGGACUAGAAUUGAAUCAUAGGUACUUAAUCGAACUUCAGAUAGUGAAAACUGGAUCAUCAGAGCUAUAUUCAUUGUUUUUUGUGCGAUCGAAAACAGCAAAUUCACAAAAUUUGCUUUUUUCUGCCGGGCGAGUUUGUCACGCGUUCUAAAUGCUCACUGGCAUGUACCGCCAGUCCCUGGCAGCGGUACAGCUCCAGCCGCUGGCUGAGGCAUGCUGGUCGCUGGGCCAGAAAGGUUUCGUCACGAUCGAUGGUCGCAAGUUCACAGCUGUACAUGUGAGCAUCGCGAAGUCCUCUCUUCCCUGCCAGAGCUUCUCCGCUUGUGCAAUGAUUGCGGAGGAAGGAAACAGUCACCGGGAUCUCAUCAGCACUCAGUGACUCGGGUCUAUCAUACGGAGCCUUCCACAUGAUCGCUUUACUCUCUUGCACUCAGUGCAAGAGAGUAAGUAGACUCAGUGACUGACUCAGUGAGUCUACGAUCAGUCCUAUCUCUCUUCAUGGUUCA